AUGGGAGAACUCAAAGAAACAAAGGGAAAUGUCCCUUCCGAAGCGGGAGCGAUCGAGUCCACCCAUCUCGAACAACAGGUCACAACAGACAUGGAGGACCUCAAAUCGGUGCAGAUUGGCGAUCGCGUUGAUGACGAAGUGCAGAAAUAUGCAGGAAUGGGGCGGGUUGAGAUCGACGACGCGACAUCUCACCGUCUGAAACGGCUGAUUGACCGUCGGGUUCUUACGAUCAUGGUGUUCACCUAUCUUGUACAAGCCCUUGACAAGGGUACUCUUAGUUUCACCAGUAUUAUGGGACUACUGGAUGAUACCCAUCUCCAUGGCACUCAGGUACUCAUUUCGCAUGAUCAGAACGCUGGGCUCGCGCUGACAAUCAACAUGGUUGAGUACCCCACGAACUGGAUUAUUCAACGGGUUCCUAUUGCCAAAUACCUUGGCUUCAACAUAAUUAUGUGGGGGUCGGUCUUGACUUUCCAUUCAACUGUCAAAAACUUUGGAGGUAUACUCGCGUGCCGAAUUUUACUGGGCGUGUUUGAGGCGUGUGCACAGCCGAGCUUCGUUCGCCUCUCGGGGAUGUGGUAUAAACGUGAAGAACAAGCUCAGACAGUUACCUUUUGGUAUAUGAUGAACGGAUUCCAACAAAUGAUUGGAGGGCUUCUGGCCUACCUCUUCAGUUUGAUAGGCUCUGAUAAAGUCCUCAAGUCUUGGCAAGCUCUGUUCAUAACAUACGGCUGUUUCUCGGUGCUGUUCGGUGUCUUCGUCUUGGUCGUUAUGCCAGAUUCUCCCAUGACAGCAAAGUGCUUCUCUGAGGACGACAAACGACUCAUGGUUGAGCGAGUACGAGAUAAUCGCACGGGCAUUCAGAAUAAGAAAUUCCGGAAAUACCAGGUCCUUGAGGCCUUGCACGAUCCUCAGAUGUGGUGCUAUUGCGGCAUUCAACUUUUCACAACCUUGCCUACCAGUGGAUUAGGAACGUUUGCCAAUAUCAUCAUCAAAGGCUUUCAUUUCACAACACUCCAGACCCAACUUCUGUCCAUGGUUUUAGGUGCAUACAUCAUUUUCGUCCUGCUGACUUCCAUGUGGCUUGUCAAGAAAACCAACCAGAAUUUGAUAGUGAUGGCAGCUUAUUGCAUUCCAUCGUUCAUUGGUACUAUUGUUUUAAUGACGGUACAAAAUAAAACAGUGGCCACGAAAGCCGGCCUACUCCUUAGCUACUACAUCACCCUUUCGUUUUGGGCAGCGCAAACUCUCACACUCUCGAUGAUUUCCAGAAAUAUUGCCGGCCAGACCAAAAAGUCGACGGUCAUCGCCGCCAAUUUCAUAGCUUGGGCUACAGGCAACGCGAUAGCGAAAAGAGUUGCACGUACUACAACGGCAAAUCAGAACCCUGUGAUCUUUGACGGAGGCCGUUCCUCUAUCGAGUUCAAGACUCCGACCGAUCGAUACCUGGUGGUCAAUCGCUGGCCACCCGCUUCUAGCGAGGCAAACAGGAACAUUGCAUUGCGCCCACCCCUGCAUUGGCAUCGGCACCAGAGGGAGGUAUUCCACGUUUUGAAGGGAUCGGCCAAAUUCGUGUGCGAUGAUCACAACAUAAUCAAAAAUGCGGGCGAUUUGAUGACUAUACCACCCAAGGCAGUCCAUACUUUCUGCAAUGCUAGCGAAAGAGAUGAGCUGGUGAUUGAGUUCGUUCUUGAACCGCAGUGGAGAGAGCGAGAUGAGGCCUUCUUCCGAAAUGUGCAAUCUUAUCGAGAUGAUUGUCGCAAGGCUGGCGUCUCACGGAGUCUGCCGCAGGUUCUGCUUUUUAACUGGGUCGGUGGUGUUGUUCUUGCGGUGCCGGGACCUACCAUAAUUGCGAAGCCGUUAGGCGUUCUCAUGAAUUUCUUUGGUGGCCUUAUACUGGGGAAAUAUAUUUUGGGAUACAAGCCAUCUUACCCGGAGUAUUAUAAGGCGCGGAGUUAG